AUGGGGAAGAGAGGAAGGGAGACUGAGGAUCCUCGCUGGGCGUCUGUGAACAGAGGAGUUCUGAUAUGUGAUGAGUGCUGCGGUGUUCACCGCAGUCUGGGUCGCCACAACUCACAAGUGCGGCAUUUGUCAAACACACCCUGGCCGCCCACCCAGCUACAGAUGGUUCAAACAUUAUACAACAAUGGUGCUAAUGCAAUAUGGGAGCACACUCUGCUGGACCCGUCAUCCAUCACGAGCGGGAAACGCAAACCCAAUCCGCAGGAUAAAGUCCACCCUAACAAAACAGAGUUCAUAAAAUCAAAGUAUCAAAUGCUGGCUUUCGUCCAUCGUUUACCCUGUCGAGAUGACGACAGUACAGCAGCCGCUGAUCUAAGCAAGCAACUUCACUCCAGCGUUAGAACCGGCAAUCUUGAGACUUGUUUGCGGUUACUAUCGCUUGGGGCUCAAGCCAACUACUUCCACCCGGAGAAAGGAAACGCUCCACUGCACAUAGCAGCUAAAGCAGGGCAAGUGUGCCAGGCUGAGCUCCUCUGUGUUUAUGGGGCAGACCCUGGUGCUCCAGACUCCAACGGCAAAACGCCCAUCCACUAUGCAAGGCAAGCUGGCCAUCAAGACCUGGCAGACAGACUGGUGGAAAUACAGUAUGAGCUCACAGACAGGCUGGCCUUCUAUCUCUGUGGGCGGAAGCCUGAUCACAAGAAUGGACAGCAUUUCAUUAUACCACAGAUGGCGGACCGAAAUGUCAGUCUGGAGUUAUCAGAGUUCGCAAAAGCUGCAAAAAGAAAACUGCAGUCUCUCAGCGAUCAUUUGUUUGAGGAAUUGGCAAUGGAUGUGUACGAUGAAGUUGAUCGAAGAGAGACUGAUGCAGUUUGGCUGGCCACUCAGAACCACAGCACCUUGGCAACGGAGACAACAGUUGUGCCUUUCCUUCCUGUAAACCCAGAGUACUCAUCAACACGAAACCAGGGAAGACAAAAGCUGGCAAGGUUUAAUGCUCAUGAAUUUGCCACACUUGUGAUUGAUAUUCUAAGUGAUGCAAAGCGACGCCAGCAGGGGAAUUCAGUCUCAAGUCCUAAAGACAAUGUUGAUGUAUUCUUCAAAAGUAUGGGUAGUCGUCAUGGAAGUGAAAGCCAGGAAAUUGACCAGCCAGACUAUGACAGUGUGGCAUCUGAUGAGGACACGGAAACUGAUUUACGAGUGGGCAAAGCAGACAGAGCUAAGAGUCUGGACUCUGAUCUGUCCGAUGGACCGAUUUCCAUGCAGGAGUUUCUGGAGGUGAAAAAUGCGCUUUCAGCCUCGGAGGCCAAAAUUCAGACACUGAUGAAGGCCAACAGUAAUCUGAGUGAGGAGCUGAGAUUGAUGCAGAAAAAGCUGCAGUCUCUGCAAAGCGAGAACAGCUCUCUCAGGCGGCAGGUCUCCACUCAACAACCCUAUCAGGCCCCCGGCGGCCCUGACCACCCCAAUCCCUCCAGUCCCUCCUCCUCUUCCUCCUCCUCUGCCCUGAAACGCCACCUGUCUGCACAGGCGAGCCGCCCAAUGUCUAUGUAUGAAACCGGCUCUGGUCUGAAGCCCUUUCUCCCCAAGGGAGAGACCCCUUACCCGGAGGAGACCUUCCCCACCCUGCAACCCUUCCCAACCUAUGUCUCCAAAUUUGACAAGCAGAGCAGUGUGUCUGAUGGCGACUACGAUAACACUGUCAACGAAUCUGAUCUGGACGACUCCGGCUUUGGCCGAAGAUGUCGUUUGCGCAGCAGUGGCUGGAUGGGAGACAGUGGCUCUAUACCCGAGCUGGAUGAUCACGAAUGUGAGCCUGACCCCAGUCUGCCCAGCACUGAAGACGUCAUCCAUAAAACUGAGCAGAUCACCAAGAACAUCCAGGAACUGCUGAGGGCUGCGCAGGAGAACAAGCAUGAGAGCUUUAAACCCUGCGCAGAAAGAAUAUAUGUGGCUGUGAGUGAAAUGGCUGCCCUGUUCCCCAAGAGACCACGCUCUGAGACGGUGAAGAGCUCUUUACGAUUAUUAACGUCCAGCGCAAACCGGCUGCAGAGUGAGUGUAAGAAAGCGUCUCCUCUGGAGAGCAGCCCCGCAGCCGACAUGCAGUUGGUCACCCAGCAGGUCAUCCAGUGCGCUUAUGACAUCGCCAAGGCUGCUAAGCAACUUGUUACCAUAACCACCAAAGAGAACAACAACUGAUCCAGCUUCCACCCAUUUCCACCUGUAAUUCAACCCUAACUCUUUUCCCCAUAUGUUAUUUUAUCAAUAAUUAUUGGGUAUGUCACAUGAGUUUUUUUUUAAUCUAAGGUGUAUUUGCAUGUUUUUAUUUUUAAUUUAAGGUGUCUGUUAUCAGUGUUGUUUGGCUUAAAGCCAUAAGAUAAAGCCUGAAAUGCUCUCAAGGGUUCGUGUAUAUGUUUUGACCUGUGAAAGUGGCAGUUGAGAUUGAGCGAGAAGAAUGAGUAGAAAUGAAUCCGCAAUAGAGCAGCAAAUCACGUACUAAAUAUUCCGUAAUUGCCUGACUCUUUGCACUGUUCUGAAAACUUUGACUGAUUGUACCUCUUCAUAAUCAAACAUUUAGUUCAUUAUUUGUGGUUGUCUGUGUUGUUUUUAAAUGGUUAAAUCAAGCCUAUUUUUCAGUAAUCUCAGUUAAAUCUAUAAUGUAUAAUAAAAUAACCUGUUGUACAAAACAUUCAGUUAUUGUGGUCAGGUAGGCCAAGUUUAGAUACAGGUACAAUAAACUUGUAAUUAUAAAGAUGUCAUAUUAAAUAUUAUUUUAAAAAGAUGCCCAAGGUUAAAUACCUUUUUCUCAGUUGGAUAAACCAGGUGGCUGUAGUUCAGAUUUACAGUCUGCAUUAAAGAAAAAAAAAAUAUAUAAAGUGAGGAAAUGUUAAUUAACCUUAGUUUAAUUAUAUUUCAUCAGGUAAUUGGAGGUCACAGUACAGUAUUUAAUGACAUCUUUUUUUUUUUCAAUACACUGCAGAUGAGCAACCUCCACCAGCAGAUACUUUUUAUGAUGGUUUAGAUGUCUGUGUGUGUGUGUGUGUGUGUGUGUGUGUGUUUUUUUAGAUAGGUCAUCUUAUGGUACAUUCAGUUCAGUGUUUGGGCAGCUCUUUACUUUGCAGAUUUUUUUUUUUAAUUUCCUCUCUAAGUAUUAUGUUCUAACCUGAUCAGGUUAGUCUUACCAAACAGUUGUGCAGUGGACCGGUAGCUCAGUGUUAUUAGAGCUUGGAGUCAGUGCGACUUGCAGCUCAGUGUUAAAAUUCCCUUCGAGUGUUUGUAGUUGUUCAGAUGAACUGCUCUUCCACUCAUUAAUAUUAUUGCUAUGCCUGUGG